GAAAUAAUUGAGAGCUUUGCCGGGUUGAAUGAAUGCAUGGUUGAGAAGUGCAUGUGUCUGAAAACAUCCUGCAGCCAUUACCGAAUGGUGGAAGACGAUCGGGAUAGAAAAAGUCUUCAGCUGAAUGAUAACAAAUAUAUUUUAUUGUACACCAAUUUUUGGCACUUUGAAAAUUGGAUGCUUCCGGCGGAAACUGUUGGUUCGGAUUAUUUCCGUAAUUACAACUGUCCGAUAAUGAAUUGUGUGGUAACCACGAAUCACAAACUUUUGGAGCGGCCAACUGACUACGAUGCCGUUGUGUUUCACGUUGGCGCUCAGUGGGAAUACUCGUGGUUUCAUAAAAUUCCCAGCACUCGCACCCCGCGACAGAUCUACGUGGCCGCAACUAUGGAACCUCCCCCGCACACGUUCCAUCUACUAGAAAAGGAUGAAAAUUUCUUCAAUUGGACCAUGGCCUAUCGAUCGGAUUCAGAUGUCCUAUGGACCUAUGCGGAAAUUUUGUCAGUGGAGACUGGUUUGAGGGUCAGCCAUUCAGAAAAUCCCCAAUGGCUGCCCUGGGAUCGUGCCUAUCGGAAUGAAUCUCUACUGCGGCUGACGAGAAGAAAAUCUAAAGUGGCCGUACAAUUUGCUUCACAUUGCAAUACAUUUUCCAAGCGACAGGAGUUUGUACAUCAGAUACAAAAAUAUAUUCAAGUGGACGUCUAUGGGAAAUGUGGAACAUUGGCAUGCCUCAAAUAUUCGAACCAGUGCUACGAUGUUCUUGAUACUGACUAUUGGUUCUAUUUCGCGUUCGAGAACUGCCUCUGCACUGAUUAUGUGACUGAAAAGUUGUACGGAUCUAUGAAGAAAUAUGUGGUUCCGGUGGUUUUCGGAGGUGCAGACUACCGGAAGUUUGCUCCGCCACAUUCCUACAUUGACGCACAGCAGUUCAGUAGCAUUUCUGAACUGGUCGAAUAUCUCCAGUAUCUCAUGGAUCAUCCGGAGGAGUACGUUAAGUACUUUUGGUGGAAGCAACAUUACCGAAUCGUUGAGGCCGAACCAUUUUGUGAUCUGUGCCAGAAACUGCAUAAUCUACCGGAUGGCGAGCGAAUCCAGCAUUAUCGAAACAUCAAAACCUGGUGGUUCGACGAAAUGUGCCAUCAAGAGCCCAAAAUAAGGUUCUAA